AUGUUUUGAUAAUAAUAGAUCGAAUUUUAAAGAGUAUAUUCAAAGGACACCAUUGUCAUUCAAAUUAAUAAAUUGAUAUUUUCCUACAGAUGGCCGCAUCGAUUCCUAUAAAGGAGCAAUUAGCUCAACUUUUGAACAAUCUGAAAGAGAUGAAUAGUUUGCUGAAAAGUAAUUUAAGUGACUUUGAUCAGCAGGUAAAACAAGCAACACUGGAAUGGUUUGACAAUCCAUCAGAUGCGAAAAUUGAUUUUAAAGAAGUGGUUGCUAUGGUGACAACAGUAAAUACUGCCCUGCUAGAAUUUAAACAAAUGAUUUCUGUUCCAUACACCAAGUAUCAAGCAAUGGCUGCUGCAGAUAAGACAACACAAGAAAAUAAAAGUGUUGACUGUGUACACGAUGUAAAAUAUUCUGAUUUUUCUUUGUCAGUUGCAGGUGAUUUAAGUAACAAACUAGAGCAGAGAGUAGAACGUCUUGAAACAACGCUAACUUCUAUGCAAAGUAAGGAUAAAAAAACUGAAGAUGACGCGACCGAAAUACAACAAUGGAAGGACACAUAUACAAAAGAACAAAAUAAUAUGAAAGAGCAAAUAGAACAAUUGGCUCUAAAGCAAAGACAUAAUAAUAAGCAGUUUCGAAAUCAAAUUAAUGAACAAAAAAAUACAAACGAUGAGAUGAAUGAAGAACUUAAACAAUUGAAUGAAAUAAAACAAUGGAGGAAAACACUAAUAUCAGAACAUAACACUAUGGCGAAAAAACUUGAAGAAUUGUCUAAGACACUAACAGAUAAUAAAGAAAAGACUAGAGAGCAAAUACAAGAAUCCAAAACCAGAAUAAAUGAGUUGAAUACAGAAAUUAAGAUCCUCAAAGAAAAAGAAUCAAAUACAAGCCAAGCACUAGAAAGCACGAUUACAGAGAUGAACAAGUUUGACAUAAUAUUGAACAAAAUAAACGAAGAAUUAGAAAUUCAAACAACUAUGAAAGAGAAAAUGCAAAAAGAAAUUAAAAGCCAUUCUGAUGUUAUUUCGUACUUGAGGGAAGAAGGAAAAAAAAAUAAAAAUACGGAAACCAAAGUAGAAAAGUUAAUGUCCAUGCAUAGCGUCACGUCCAAGAUCUUACAACAAAGAUUGAUGCCCGUUGAAAGUUUAAUUCAAACCUUAAAUCAAAACUUGGCAAGUAGGCAGAAGUACAAACAAAAGUUUGCAGCCCUGGAAAAUGAUAUUUCGAAAUUGUCAAAUGAUGUAGAUUCCAUUAGACAAGAAAUUAAAACCAACUCAACUCUACAAGAUGAAGGGAAGAAAAAGCUGGCCAACACUACAGAUAUGUUAGUAGCUUUAACUACAAAGGUUGAAACUCGCGAAAGUGAUAUUUUAACUCUGUUGAAAGAUUUCAAGACAAUUGAGACCCGUGUAUGUCAGCCUUACAUCUGUCAACUUCACCUGGACAACAACACACCUGUAACUACUGGAUCGAUUCUUUCAACAUUCCUUAGCGUGUGGGAACCUAACGGCAGACAUUUUAAUAAAACCACAGGAAAACUUGUAGCACCAGAUGAUGGUUUCUAUCUUGUAAUAGUAACGCUGCAGGAAGGUGAGGCUAAACUGAUUAACAUUAGUGUGUACAGGGGUGAUACAUUGUAUAAGAGCAUUCUUGUCAACUCAGCCAACACAUCUGCCGCUGGAUCAGCUGUUGUUGACAUGAAGAAAGGCCAAAAACUUUACUUUAAAGUGGCCCAAGCUGAUGAUGGAGCCAAGCUACACGCAGGAAGUGGCUUCACUAUACUUAGAUUGUAAAUUUAAUCACGCUUAUGAAAUUAGUAGUUUAUCGUUUAUUGCACACCACAUCAUUUUCGAUUGUUUUUGAUCAUCCAAUGUGCCUAUAUUUUAUGCAUGUGAAUAUCGUUUCAAUAGGUAGGUCCCACUGUUUCUGGCAGUCAUAUUACAGAGAAAUAUGUGAACAUACUGAAUUUUAAUCUACACGUAAUUGUUUUUUAAAGCAAAUGGGUUUUCUUCUUUUUCGGUUGCAUUUUAAAAUACAACAUUUAAACACACUAAGUGUUUGUGUUUGAGUGUUAUAACAUAAAUUAAUGUUAAGACAAUAUAAAGUAGCUAUGCUUCGCAUGCCCUUGUGAAAUGAACAUAUACAUCAUAAAAUAAUGUGUCUAGUCAACUGAGUAUGAUUAUGUAACAUAAUAAUUUUAAUACGCUUGUCGCAUACAGCUUGCAGCAUCACUUUCUGUCAUGGUUUAAUUAUGUCAAGAUUUAAAGAUGUACAUGAAUUUAAUGGUCAAAACUGUAAUCAAACAACUUGAUAGUUCAUAUAAGUAUACGAGGAAGUAAAA